AUGGGAAGAAGGCCUCGGGAGCAGCUGCAGCGCCAGGCCCCGGCUCAUGAAAGCGCCUGCCUGAGGGGGAGGCAGCCACUUGAUCAUGAAGAAAGUCAAUUGUUCACGCACUCAAAGACGAAAAGCCCAGGAGGAGCUGCACCAUGGUUUCAAUCAAAGAGCGUGAGCCAAGAGCCCGUGGUCGGCGUUCAUGAAUCACCUCUUUCACAGGCUGUGUCCGAACGCUGGGACUUUGUGACCGUCAGCCAGGUGGCCCCACAGAGAGGGAACCUGGCCAAGAAGCUCCGUCCACAGCACAAAAGCCUGCUCAGAGCCCAAAACAAACAAGCACUAAGACGCAGGGCUGAGUUUGGACGCGAGCCAAAGGGGAGGGUCGGUCCACGUUCGGGAUGGUCGCGGAGCGGAGGGGAGGGACCGCGACGAGCCCUGACGGGGAGAGGACGCCAGGCGUACCCGCAGAGGAGGGACGUGGCCCUUGCCCCGGCGAAGCGGCUCUCCCGUCAGAACAAAGGCUGUCCCCCAUUCCCCAUUCCCUCUCUGCAUAUGGAAGAGGCAAGCGCCGCCGCAGAAAUUAGCAGAACUAUCUGGGCCAUUGACAGGCCUCCCCCGUGGUCACAGAGGCUCGGGCUGUUUGGUACCCCUCCUCACUGGCUGGGCGCAGAUAACCGCCACGGAGGAGGAGACGCAAACACACAACCUCUGGCACUGGCGCGGCUGCUCUUAACGGCAAAGAGUGCUAAGCUUCAAACGGGGAUUUAA